GAUUCUGCCAUGCAGGCCACGUCCAGUCUGAACAGAUUAGUAUUAUUUCUGUGGAUCAGAACUCUCAGUCCUGCGGUGUGUGAAGCGAACCCGGUCACCUGCAGACUGUGGACCGAGCCUCAGAACCUCGGCUUGUUCAGGGAUGGAGACUUCAUGAUCGGAGGGAUAUUUGGUAUUCAUGACUACAUAAAGACAGAGCAGAUGAGCUUCACCAAGCUGCCAUCACAGUUACAGUGCUCAGGGAGAAUGGUCUACAGAGAGCUCCGCUUCGCUCGAGCUCUGGAAUUCACCGUUCAGGAGAUUAACAACCGAACCGACCUCCUUCCGGGCGUUACGUUAGGCUAUCAGAUACUAGAUUCAUGCGCCACGCCAAGGAUGGCAUUGAAAGUUGCCUUUCAGCUGGCAAACGGUUUCCAGCCUGUGUAUAACGAUACUGAUUCGUGUUCAGAAUUAACGUCUCCCGCUGUAACUGCUGUUAUUGGAGAUUCCACGUCCACCCCAUCGGUCAGCAUAGCCAGAAUGCUCGGUCCGUUUGGAAUUCCGCAGGUGAGCCACUAUGCUACCUGUGCAUGUUUUAGUGAUAAGACUCAGUACCCCACCUUCUUCAGGACCAUACCCAGCGACCAGCACGGGGGAGCCGCCCUGGCGAAAAUGGUCAAACACUUCGGCUGGACGUGGAUCGGAGCGGUGCGCAGCGACACCGACUACGGAAAUUACAGGAUGGCGUCGUUCCUCAAGACUGCGCAGGCGGAGGGGAUCUGUGUGGAGUAUUCGGAGUCCUACUACAGGACACAACCCCGCAGUAAACUGGAGCGAGUGGCCGACGUGAUCCGCAGGUCGACCGCCCGCAUCAUCGUGGCGUUCAUGGCCACAGGAGACAUUCGCUUUCUCCUGGAGGAGCUCACCCGACAGCCGCUGCCUCCUCUUCAGUGGAUAGGAAGCGAAUCCUGGAUCACAGAUCCCGAGUUCCUGAAAUAUAACAUGUGUGCCGGGGCGAUAGGGUUCGGGGUCCCGAAGUCUGUUAUUCCAGGACUGAAUGAGUUUCUGCUGGAUCUCAGUCCAGAUGAGGCUUUAAAAUCGCCUCUGUUAACAGAAUUUUGGGAGAGCUCGUUCAGCUGUAAGCUCCAAGGGCAGACGAGCAUCUCUGAGGGCACACGGGUUUGUAAUGGUAGUGAAGAUAUAAAAACACUGCAGAAUGCGUACACUGAUACGUCUCAGUUGCGCAUCAGUAACAUGGUGUAUAAAGCAGCGUAUGCCAUAGCGUACGCCCUCCACGGCGUCAUCUGUACUGGCACACGGUGCGACAAGAGCAUCAGAUUUACACCUUUGCAGAUGCUUGACCAGCUCAAAAGAGUAAACUUCACGACCAGGAAUGGGUUUCAGGUCUCGUUCGAUUCCAGCGGAGAUCCACCAGCUGUAUAUGAGCUUAUAAACUGGCAGUUUAAGAAGGACGGCGCUUUGAAUUUUGCGAUGGUGGGUCAGUACGAUUCGUCCAGACCGAGAGGACAGGAGUUCAUCAUGAACAGUGCCAUCAGCUGGGCUGGAGGACAGACUGAGGUCCCGGUGUCAGUGUGCAGUGAGAGCUGUCCUCCAGGAACCAGGAAAACCGUCCAGAAGCGACGACCUGUCUGUUGUUUUGAUUGUAUACCCUGCGCUGAAGGAGAGAUCAGCAACAAAACAGACUCUUUAGAUUGUUUGCGCUGCCCUCCUGAGUUCUGGCCCAAUCCUAAGCGAGAAAGCUGCCUCCCCAAACCCAUCGAGUUCCUGUCCUGGGACGACACCCUCAGCAUCAUCCUCGCCGUGUUCUCCAUCUCCGGUGCCGUUCUAACCAUGUGUGUGGCGACGAUCUUCUACAAACACAGAACGUCUCCCAUAGUCAGAGCCAACAACUCUGAGCUGAGCUUCCUGCUGCUCUUCUCUCUGACUCUGUGUUUCCUCUGUUCACUUACUUUCAUCGGUCGACCCUCCGAGUGGUCCUGCGUGCUGCGCCACACAGCGUUCGGGAUCACCUUCGUCCUCUGCAUCUCCUGUGUUCUGGGUAAAACAUUAGUGGUGUUGAUGGCGUUCAGAGCGACACUUCCAGGCAGUAACGUCAUGAAAUGGUUUGGGCCUCCACAGCAGAGACUCAGUGUUGUUACCUUCACGAUCAUUCAGGUGAUUAUUUGUGUGUGUUGGUUAAAAAUCUCCCCUCCGUUCCCCUUCAAAAAUCUAAAACACUACAAGGAAAGAAUUAUUCUUGAAUGCAACCUGGGUUCUAACGUGGGUUUCUGGGCUGUUCUGGGUUAUAUCGGGAUUUUGGCUCUUCUGUGUUUUGUUUUGGCUUUUCUGGCUCGGAAGCUGCCUGAUAAUUUUAAUGAAGCUAAAUUUAUCACCUUCAGCAUGUUGAUAUUCUGUGCAGUUUGGAUCACUUUUAUUCCAGCGUAUGUCAGUUCACCUGGUAAAUUUACUGUAGCUGUGGAGAUUUUCGCUAUUUUAGCAUCAAGUUUUGGUUUGAUUGUUUGUAUUUUUGCUCCUAAAUGUUUUAUAAUCGUGUUUAGGCCAGAGCAGAACACCAAGAAGCACCUCAUGGGGAAAACUUGA